CGGAGCAGGGGCCGAGGACGAGCCGGAGAGGGGCCCGCAAGCCGCUGCCGCCGCCGCCAUGCCCGCCACGGGAGGGGAGGCCAAGGGAGAGGAUUAUUCCACAGCUAUCCUCCGGCAGAAACAUCGUCCGAAUCGCCUCAUUGUGGAUGAAGCUGCCAAUGAGGACAACAGUAUUGUGAGCCUGUCCCAGGCCAAGAUGGAGGAACUGCACUUGUUCCGGGGAGACACAGUGCUGCUGAAGGGAAAGAAGCGCCGGGAGACCGUGUGCAUUGUUCUCACAGAUGACUCCUGCCAGAGCGAGAAGAUCCGCAUGAACCGUGUAACCCGUAACAACCUCCGUGUGCGUCUUGGAGAUGUGGUCAGUGUGCAGGCCUGCCCAGAUGUGAAAUAUGGAAAACGGAUCCAUGUCCUGCCCAUUGAUGACACUAUUGCAGGCUUGACUGGGAAUCUUUUUGAAGUUUACCUGAAACCCUACUUUCUGGAAGCCUAUCGACCUGUGCACAAAGGUGACAUUUUUCUGGUGCGAGGUGGAAUGAGAGCUGUGGAAUUUAAAGUCGUAGAGGUGGAUCCCAGCCCUCACUGCAUUGUUGCUCCUGACACCAUUAUCCACUGUGAAGGGGAGCCCAUCAAACGAGAAGAUGAAGAGGAGAGCCUCAAUGAUGUUGGCUAUGAUGACAUUGGAGGCUGCCGUAAACAACUGGCCCAGAUCAAGGAGAUGGUGGAGCUUCCCUUGCGACACCCAGCACUCUUCAAAGCUAUCGGUGUGAAGCCUCCACGAGGGAUUCUUCUCUACGGCCCUCCUGGCACUGGAAAAACCCUUGUGGCCCGUGCAGUUGCAAAUGAAACCGGAGCAUUCUUUUUCCUUAUCAAUGGUCCAGAGAUCAUGAGCAAGUUGGCUGGGGAGUCAGAGAGCAACUUGCGCAAAGCCUUUGAAGAGGCUGAGAAGAAUGCCCCAGCCAUCAUCUUUAUUGAUGAACUAGAUGCCAUUGCUCCUAAGAGAGAGAAGACUCAUGGGGAAGUGGAACGGCGCAUCGUCUCCCAGCUGCUCACGCUCAUGGAUGGCUUGAAACAGCGGUCGCAUGUGAUAGUCAUGGCUGCUACCAAUAGGCCCAACAGUAUUGAUCCUGCCCUUCGCCGGUUUGGGCGGUUUGAUCGAGAAAUUGACAUUGGAAUCCCAGAUUCAGUGGGAAGACUGGAAAUCUUACAGAUUCAUACCAAGAAUAUGAAGCUAGCUGAUGAUGUGGACCUGGAGAGGGUGGCCAAUGAGACCCACGGGCACGUGGGUGCUGACCUGGCAGCUCUGUGUUCGGAGGCAGCUCUCCAAGCAAUCCGUAAGAAGAUGAGCGUCAUUGACCUGGAGGAUGACACCAUUGAUGCUGACAUCCUCAAUUCCAUGGCUGUCACUAUGGAUGAUUUCCAGUGGGCCCUUGGUCAGAGCAACCCUUCAGCCCUUCGGGAGACUGUGGUGGAAGUGCCACAGGUGUCCUGGGAUGAUAUUGGGGGCCUGCAGGAAGUCAAACGGGAGUUACAGGAGCUGGUACAGUUCCCUGUGGAAUAUCCUGAUAAGUUCUUGAAGUUUGGAAUGACACCUUCUCGGGGUGUUCUCUUCUAUGGACCACCUGGCUGUGGCAAGACUUUGUUGGCCAAGGCCAUUGCAAACGAAUGCCAAGCCAACUUUGUUUCCAUCAAGGGCCCUGAGCUCCUCACCAUGUGGUUUGGAGAGAGUGAGGCCAACGUCCGUGAUGUCUUUGACAAGGCCCGGCAAGCUGCUCCCUGUAUACUGUUUUUUGAUGAGCUGGACUCUAUUGCCAAAGCUCGGGGUGGUGGAGCAGGUGAUGGUGGAGGUGCAGCUGACCGUGUCAUCAACCAGAUCCUCACAGAAAUGGAUGGCAUGACUAAUAAGAAGACAGUUUUCAUCAUAGGUGCCACCAACAGACCUGACAUCAUUGAUCCAGCCAUCCUCCGCCCAGGGCGCCUAGAUCAGCUCAUCUACAUCCCGUUGCCUGACGAGAAAUCCCGUGUGGCCAUUCUGCAAGCCAACUUGCGAAAGUCACCAGUUGCCAAGGAUGUGGAUUUGAAUUAUCUAGCCAAGAUCACACAUGGCUUCUCAGGGGCUGACCUCACUGAAAUAUGCCAGCGGGCUUGCAAGCUUGCCAUCCGUGAAGCAAUUGAGAUGGAGAUCAAGGCAGAGCGGGAACGGCAGCGUUCGAAAUAUGCUGCUAUGGACGAUGAUUAUGAUCCUGUGCCAGAAAUCAGACGUGAUCACUUUGAGGAAGCGAUGCGUUUUGCACGCCGUUCAGUCAGUGAUAAUGACAUACGCAAGUAUGAGAUGUUUGCUCAGACACUACAGCAAAGCCGUGGCUUUGGGAAUUUCAGGUUUCCAUCUGGAAAGCAGAGUGGCAGUAGUGGUGGCAGUGGGAGUGGUGGUGGCGGCGGCGGCAGCAGCAGCGGUGGCCAAGGAAAUCUCUUUCAGGAGGAAGGGGAUGAUGACCUCUACAACUGAUGGUGCAAGAAACACAUGGCCCUGUAGUGUCCAUAGUUCUUGUACUCUUUAAUAUAAGAUGUGGUGCUUGAGGGCCAACACCGAUUGCACCCUCGUAACAUAUCUAUUGAGCUAUUACAGCCAAAACACCUCAGAGGCCUGUUCCUGACACACAAGGCCCAACCCCUCAAUCAGUGGCUUCCCCUUGGCUUGGCCACUGCAAGACGUUCAUAGCUUUCCCAGUGCUUCUGCUUAUUGGAUGUUAAAAUAGUACCCAUAUCGGCCGCUAGGGGGAACCAAAUCCCAAAGCAGCUGGUGUCAGAACCCCAAACUGUCUGCUGGAUCAGAUCAAAGCUUUGUUUCAGCAGCAACCAGCAAGAUACUUCUCAGAAGGCAGACACGUGAUGCAAAUCUGUUCAUAUAUCUCACUGUGUCUCAUCUCAAAACAUCCCACAAUAAUUCCUUUCCUUGCAGUAUGAGUGCCCCCCGCCAAGUUUACCAAAAGGGAGCUGCCCUAUUCCCACCAAAUUCUGCUUGCUUGCUGGCCAGCCUGGCCUAUUAGGUGUUCUUCCCCCACUGCUACGUUAGCUUUCCAAGCCUCCAUCAUGCAUGACACCUAUGAAUUCCAGUUUGUGUUUUCAAGUGACAAGAUUUUUGAAUCUCCAAUAAACUGACACCAUGUAUGUCGAUUGCGCUGGGAGGAAUCCAUAAUAAAAGAUGCCAGGUGAUCCAUG